CCCGCGGACAAAUUUAACGAAAGUUCUCUGCGUCUCUCCCGUUUCCUACCCUGUUUGACCUAUACUUGGUGACGUGCACGGUGCUAAAGUAUAGCCUUCUCGGAUUUUUCAAUCGUCAAGUAUGUCUAUCUCAUUCCGCAUGCUGUAUGUACACGCAGAACUCUUGGAUUGCCUUUGUGUUUGUGUGUAUACAAAAUCAUUUUGACAACACCGGCGUUUCAGCCUUCAUAUUUUGUUUUGAUUUGGAUCAGACUAAAUAUAUUUUCAUUUGCGACUAUUAAAAGUGUAAAAAUGGCUUGCAAUCCGAACGAUCGUCAAUUUUCUGAGCGACAUGAUCAGCUUGAAAGAGAAUUAGACCAAAUGAUCGAAGAGGAGUGGAGAAUUUUGGGGCCUACUUUGUAUGAGGACGGUGGUGCUGAAAGUUUCCCUUGGCCGCUUAGACACUUUGAUACUGCUGCAUCAAAUACAAUUAACGUUGGUGGAGGAAAUAUUGAUUCUAACAGCUUGAUACACGGUGAUGGUAAUGUAAGUGGAGUAACAUUUAACAAUACUAACACAGUUAGUGGGAAUGUAGACAUAAACAGCAGUAUCAGUGUGGAAGAAGUGGAGUUUAGAGUCCAUAAUAGUUUUGAAGAUUUAAAUGAGGGUUUUAAUUGCGAUGAUACAAGAUCAUCAGAGGGACAUGACAAAUACAGCAAUUUGGGAGGAUUUAAGUCGUUCCAAGAAGCUUUAAAAUUCUUCUUUGUGGUGAGUCAUUUAUCCCGUGAAAAUUCCAAUUUGCUUUUGGCGAUCUUACGGAAGUUUUUAAGAUUAGAUCUUCCAAAAGAUUAUCGUACCAUCAUGAAGACACCUGCUUCGGUUAGGAAUCAAAUUGUUACGAUAUCAGCUGGUUCAUUGUGGUACCAGGGGGUAGAAACGGUAUUGAAAAAUUAUUUCAAAGAAGUUGAACCCGAAGUAUCACAUUUUAGCUUACAAGUUUCGGUUGACGGACUUCCUCUCUUUAAGAGUUCUGCUAACCAAUUUUGGCCUGUAUUAAUUAAAGUGGUAGAGUUGCCAAAUGCACCGGUUAUGCCCGUUGCCAUAUUUUGUGGCAAAAAAAAACCGGACAGCGUUGAAGAAUUUUUGCGUCCUUUUGUUGACGAAAUGAACUCUCUUAUUGAGAGUGGGAUGAACUUGGGAGAAAAGUUGAUAACUUUUUCCAUAAGUGCUUUUAUAGCAGAUUCUCCUGCAAGGUCAUUUAUAAAAGCUGUAAUGGGAUGCAACGCUCUUCAUGGUUGUACGAAAUGUACUGUUGUAGGAACCAAAGUUGAGGGUAGGGUAAUUUUUGAAUCCGUAGAUGCCUUAGUGCGUACGGACGCUGGAUUCCGAUUGAGAGAAGAUCCACAGCACCAUAAAGACCCACGUUCUCCUUUAGAGAAUAUUAGAAACAUUAACAUGAUUUCACACUUUCCUGUCAGUGAUCGCUUGCAUUUACUGGAGUUGGGCUGCACUCGUAAAAUCCUGAAAGGUUUGCUAGAACAUAUUUUUGAAAAUUUCUAUCGGUGGUCUCCGCAACAAAAGAGAUCAAUAAAUGCUUAUGUAAUUUCGGUAAAACUUCCAAGUGAGUUGCAUCGUGCUUAUCGGUCCCUAUACAAUUUAGCUUUUUGGAAAGGAACCGAGUACAGGACGUUUCUGCACUAUAUAAGUCUAAUUAUAUACAAAGAUUUUAUGUAUGAAGCAGCAUAUAAGCAUUAUUUGUUAUACUUUUCCGCUAUUACGAUAUUUUCAUCGUUAGCUCACAAGAAGUAUUGGCCGAUUGGAAAACGUUUUUUAAACAAAUUCGUACUUGAUUUUCAUGUACAUUAUGGUCGUUCGAAUUUGGUGAGCAACGUCCAUAACUUAAUUCACAUAUAUGACGAAGUUCUAGUAAAUGGACCACUUGACAGUUUUUCGUCAUACCCAUUCGAAAACCAUUUACAGUUUCUGAAGAAGUGUAUUAAAUCGGGAACUAAAUGUUUGGAGCAGGCAGCUGGCAGAUUGUAUGAAUAUGGUGCAGUUCAUACACUUGAAACAUCCGUGCCUAAAACAUAUCCUUGGAUAAAAGUAGAUGGAUCUACGGUGCACGUAACGGAUAGUUUUCUUCUUUCACCGAAUGUUAAAGAUCAGUGGUUUUUGACAAAAAAUUACGGUAUUGUAAAAUUUUUGUCUGCAUAUAAAAAUGAAGUACAUUCGAUUGUUUUGGUUGGAAUGCAAUAUUCUAGCAUGAAAGAAUUGUUUAAUAUUGAAAUGAUGGAUGACACCGGGAUUCUUGAAAUGUCAUCCGCCGCUUUAGGAAUGUUUAAGGUAGACAGUAGCACUCUUUCAGUUAGAGUAGAAGUACCUAUUAGAUUAGUCAAAUGCAAAUUAGUUAUGGUUCCCUUGCCUUCUCGAUCUCUUUCCCUCUUUCCUCUUAACCGUGAUCCAUCUGAUGCAUGUGCUUACAUUCCUUUACUGCAUACUUUCCAGCCCUAGUAGCCUUUGCACUUUUAAUACACAUAAUAUUGGUUUCGUCGUUAGUCUCAUUUUUAUAUCAUGUAUUUGUACGUAGUAGUAGUACAGUAGUACUAGCUGUUUUUGGUAAAAAUUUCAUUUUUAAAAAGUUGUGGCUUAAUUACAAUAUGGUUGUGGUGUUAAAGUAGUCAGAGAAAAUGAUGAUGAUGAUAAUUUAUCUUUAAUUUAACUUCUUUUAAAAAAACAAAGAGUCGUGAAUAGUUCUGAAAAUUGCGCGCGUUAUGCUGGCUACAUUCUUGUUGGUGAAUGUCCAGUCGUAUUACAUUUUGUUAAAACCGUUUUUGUCUCAGAACUAUGCAUGGGAAUGAGGGCGGGACAUCAUCAUCAUUUUAAUGUAACUAUGUAUGUUUGUAUCAUGUAGCAUGCCCGCUAAUUCGUCUAUGUUUCAAUGAGCCUAGUCGAAGAAACUAACAACGUGUAGGAUAAAGAUCGUAAACAUAACCAGGACAUUAAAUUCUCAGGAUGGAUGAAGGAGCGGAAAGGGACCACACUAUGCUAGGAAACCUAGAGAGGACGAAAUAGGAAUGUACAGUAAAAGGUUAUCAGCAAACAAAAGUUUAAUCCGCCUGCCCCAGCGCAGAACUUACUAUCCAGCUAUGGUCAAAACGAAACUAAGGAAUUCCUGAUGAAAUCCUUUCAUCCUUAACUAUGUCAAAAAGAUAAGUAGAAGUUUAUCUUGCUCGUGUGAUUGACUUAUUUAGUCGUUCAUUCUUAUUAGUCACGUGUUAUUAGUAUAACAUAUCUUGAAAGUGUCAGGUGUUUCACAAUCAUUUUCAUAAAACAAGCGUCUAGUCGUUAGCGAGAAAGUUUGUAAUAUCAGUAACAUUAGUAUAAAUCGUUUAACAUAUUUUUAUUGCAUGCAAUUAUUAUGUACUAACAUUUAUUAUUAUAAAACAC